GUGGGCCAGGGGAGAGAGCUGCCGGUGUUUGCUCUGAAUAUGUGCCCGGGGAAGUCCGCCUGCCUGCCCACCCGCUCACUCUCCCUUGGCUCAUUGGCUCAGAAAGCUCCACCCAGCACAGGAGUGAGGAACAAAAGCUGCCUCCGGGAGGCCCUCAGGCAGACAGACAAGCCCAGGGACCGGAGAGUCGCUGUUAGACCCGAGAAAGAAGUCGUGUGAUCCACAGGGCUGAAACCUGGGGUCGAAGACGUUGGCAGGCUCUCCUGGCCUCGUGGUCCCCACGCCCCGAGUGGGUGCUCCCGGCUGCAGACAGUCCCCGUGAGGAAGCAAGGACACAAUCGUCAUGAACUGGGCGUCCCUGCAGGGCCUCCUGAGCGGGGUCAACAAGUACUCCACGGCGCUGGGCCGCAUCUGGCUGUCAGUGGUGUUCAUCUUCCGUGUGCUGGUGUACGUGGUGGCGGCUGAGGAGGUGUGGGAUGACGAGCAGAAGGACUUCGUCUGCAACACCAAGCAGCCGGGCUGCCCCAACGUCUGCUACGACGAGUUCUUCCCCGUGUCCCACGUGCGCCUCUGGGCCCUGCAGCUCAUCCUGGUCACCUGCCCCUCGCUGCUCGUGGUCAUGCACGUGGCCUACCGCCAGGAGCGCGAGCGCCGCCACCGCCUGAAGCACGGGCCCAGCGCCCCAUCCCUGUACGACAACCCAAGCAAGAAGCGCGGUGGGCUCUGGUGGACCUACCUGCUGAGUCUCCUCUUCAAGGCAGCCGUCGACGCCGGGUUCCUCUACCUCUUCCACCACCUCUACGAGGAUUAUGACAUGCCGCGCGUGGUGGUGUGCUCCGAGUCCCCUUGCCCCCACAUGGUGGACUGCUACAUCUCCCGGCCCACCGAGAAGAAGGUCUUCACCUACUUCAUGGUGGCCACUGCUGUCAUCUGCAUCCUGCUCAACCUCAGUGAGGUCACCUACCUGGUGGGCAAGAGGUGCCUGGAGACCUUCAGCCCAAGGCGCAAGCGGUCUCGGCACCGGGACCACCUGCCUGACACCUGCCCCCCGUACAUCCUCUCCCAGGGAGAGCACCCCCAAGAUGGGAACUCUGUCCUAAUGAAGGCUGGGUCAGCCACAAUGGAGGCAGGACAACGAGAAGUCACUAGAGAGGCUGAGCACUGGAGUGAUGUGAUCUAAGGCACGGUGCCUCUGGUUUAUGUGCUGAGGGGCCCGGGCGGGGCCACCUACUUG